AUGCCUUCACUGGCAAAGUAUCUCGCAUUAUUAUGGCCACUUUCACGGAUCAAUCAGACUCCAAUCUCAACGCCACCCCACUCUUCGCUCUCGUUUAGGCACCAGCACGCCUUUAUCGCGAGCCCGGACUUGCCCAGAGCGCUAUCAAGUGCUGCAACGCCCCCCCAGAUCCUAUUCAACGAUCACCUUGUAGUCCCAGAUUUGCAGACGCAGGCAAUUCGAGAGCUGACAGAGGACUAUACGGCAGCUGGACGAGAACCGCACCAUCUCAAGAGUCACAGGCAAAAGAUUCACCGUCUCAGACACCCCGAGAAGCUUCAAGAAGCAAGAUUACGUGCUCUUCGCUCCUCUCAAACAGCUGCACUUGACUGGGAUGAGGUCGACAUCGAAAUGCCAGACGUAACCGACCGGCUGACGGUGCUAGAGCUAGCAAAGCUGACCGGAAAUGCCUAUGCCAUACCAGACAGUCGUGGAUGGUAUGAUACUGGUGGGAAAUGGAACAAGUCUGAACCCUUUGGUUGGGAAGAAUCGGAGAAUGGCUUUAGAGGCAAUAUUUUUGUCUCCGAGGACAAUUCAACCGUUGUACUUUCCAUCAAAGGAACUUCUCUUGUCGGACAAGGCCCUACAGCUGGUCGGGAUAAGCUCAACGACAAUCGCUUAUUCAGUUGUUGCUGUGCACGGGUUUCCCAUUCGUGGGCUUUUUCCACUGUUUGCGACUGUUACAGUGGCAGCUGGGCGUGUACUCAGUCAUGUCUUGAGCAAUCUCUUCAAGACGACGAUUUAUAUUAUAACAUUGGGAUUAACCUAUAUAACAACCUUACCUACAUGUACCCUCAAUCAACUAUCUGGAUCGUCGGACAUUCGCUGGGAGGCGGGCUAUCUGGUCUCCUAGGAGCAACCUUUGGAGCACCGACUGUCACUUUUGAAGCGCUCGGUGAUCGUCUUCCGGCUCAGCGGCUUCACCUCCCCUCCCCGCCUGUGCCGGAAGGCGUGUCAGCAGAAGAAGCCUUUUCGCUCCAUCCAAUCACGCACAUUUAUCAUACAGCCGACCCCGUUCCUCACGGGGCGUGUACAGGAGUAAGGUCUCUCUGUGCCAAAGGAGGCUAUGCACUUGAAGCUCGGUGUCAUCUUGGACGUACGAUUGUCUAUGACACUAUCACCAAAUUCAAGUGGUCCCAGGCGCUAAUUCAUCAUCCAAUCGCGGUCAUGAUUGGCAAGAUUCUGGCUGAGGAUUGGGACGCAGAUGGAUUGGCCGUUCCAGAAGCGAUACCUCAGACGGAGUGUGUUGAUUGUCACAAAUGGGAUUAUCUAGAUGAUUAA